UUUGUUGUUCACUAUUAUUACUACACAUACAGCAAUGUAAAACCACCCUAUUUAUCACAAGAUUUUAAUUUUAUUUUGUAUUCUAUCUCUUUUGUUACAAGUUCUGUACUCUUGAAACAGGAAACCUAAAUUCCUAUUCACUCGGGUGUACUUGCUCUUUUCAUUUAGUUAAACUUCAAAGAAAUAUAGUCUAGUUUUGAGUAAUGUUUGGAAUUUGAUAGUGUUGCUGUUAGUUACAUUCACCUUCAUAACAUUGUCUAGGUAUAUUACCUAAGUUCAACCAAAGGUAAAGUUACAGCCAUCAACUAAAACGUCACAUCUAAAAUGGCCGGCAAAGUAGAUAUGAGCUUGGACGAAAUCAUUAAGCAGAACAGAAAGAACAAAAAGUCGACACAAGGUAACAAGCGCGCAGGCACUGGUGGCAAAAAGACCGGUGGUGCACCAAAGAAGACUGGCAGUCCACCAAAAAAGACUGGUAGUCCACCAAAGAAGACUGGUAGUUCGCCAAGAAAGAGUGGCCCUGUCCGAACCAACAAAAAGCCAGGUGGUGGUGUUAUACGCAAUCGCAGCCAGGGGGCCAUUACAAAGAACCGCAGACCCGGUAACUACAGCCGUUCCCUGCCGAGCUUCAAGCGAGAGGCUUUCCUUGGAAGUAGUGGCCCACGUAGGUACAGCUCUGACACCACAAAGUUGAUUGUCUCCAACUUGGACUUUGGAGUCACAGACUCUGACAUUCUCGAGCUGUUCAGCGAGUUUGGCCCACUCAAGUUUGCCGGGGUUCAUUACGACAGAUCGGGACGUUCUAUGGGAUCUGCUGAUCUCAUCUUUGAGAGAAGAUCCGAUGCCAUCAAGGCAAUGAAACAAUACAACGGAGUACCUCUCGAUGGCCGUGAGAUGAACAUCCAGCUGGCCACGUCCGAAAUUCCCGGCUCCAGCUCCAUUCGAAGUGGAAACCGUCUUGGCACCAGUAACUCUAAUAAGUCAAGGGGAGGGCCAGCUUCAAAACGAAAUGGUAAACAGCCACAACGCAAGAGCGGUGGUAGCGGUAGUAGUGGUGGAGCUAACAAAAAAGGAGGUGUAACCAAGGGCAAGGCGAAAUCUGGCGGUGGUAAGCCCAAAAAAGCACCAUUGCCCACAGCUGAGGAGCUCGACGCCCAACUCGAGGAAUACGUCAAGAGCAAAGUAUCCACGUCGGAGGGUGCCUAAGUGACAAAAUUAUUUUACUUGUAAUCUGGAGGCAAGUCUUUCUUCUUUGCAGUAGUCGUUUGUAAAAUUGCUUUUUUUUUUCUUUCUAAGUAAGAUGAAGAUUUUUAUACCUAAAAUACUGUUACCUCGUACAGAUCAAGAAUCAAUCGUCAAAGGGUUUGGGGCAAUUGUAUAAAAUUCUUUACUUGUCAAGAAAGUAAAAAUCACAUUGAGAAAAUUAAAAGCCAAACUGGUCUUUUAUUAUUUCAAGGGAAGAAAAUUUUUUGGAUUCACGGUAUGAGAAGAAAGACUUGCGUGAGAAAAGAGCUGACUUUUUCUAUGUAAUUUUAUGAUGAGAGUUUAACAUUUUUUAACUAUUUACUUUUCAUUGAUGACAUGUGUUUUAUGUAAACGCAAUUCUCAUACGUGUAACCCAAUUAUGUGUGUUUAUCAUAAUUAUUUUCUGUAUACUGUAAAUCAAUUAAUUUUUUAAUGAAUUAAAGGAAUUAAUUUUGA